AUGAUUCCAUCCCCUUCUCCCAUAUUCCAUCCCCUUCUCCCUGAUUCCAUCCCCUUCUCCCAGAUUCCAUCCCCUUCUCCCAGAUUCCAUCCCCUUCUCCCAGAUUACAUCCCCUUCUCCCAGAUUCCAUCCCCUUCUCCCAGAUUCCAUCCCCUUCUCCCUCGUUCCAUCCCCUUCUCCCAGAUUCCAUCCCCUACUCCCAGAUUCCAUCCCCUUCUCCCAGAUUCCAUCCCCUUCUCCCCGAUUCCAGCCCCUUCUCCCAGAUUCCAUCCCCUUCUCCCAAAUUCCAUCCCUUUCUCCCAGAUUCCAUCCCCUUCUCCUCGAUUCCAUCCCCUUCUCCCUCGUUCCAUCCCCUUCUCCCCGAUUCCAUCCCCUUCUCCCAGAUUCCAUCCCCUUCUCCCUGAUUCCACCCCCUUCUCCCAGAUUCCAUCCCCUUCUCCUAGAUUCUAUCACCUUCUCCCAGAUUCCAUCCCCUUCUCCCAGAUUCCAUCCCCUUCUCCCGAUUCCAUCCCCUUCUCCCAAAUUCCAUCCCCUUCUCCCAGAUUCCAUCCCCUUCUCCCAGAUUCCAUCCCCUUCUCCCAGAUUCCAUCCCCUUCUCCCAUACUCCAUCCCCUUCUCUCAGAUUCCAUCCCCUUCUCCCAGAUUCCAUCCCCUUCUCCCAAAUUCCAUCCCCUUCUCCCAGAUUCCAUCCCCUUCUCCCUCAUUCCAUCCCGUUCUCCCAGAUUCCAUCCCCUUCUCCCAGAUUCCAUCCUUCUCCCAGAUUCCAUCCCCUUCUGCCAUAUUCUAUCCCCUUCUCCCAGAUUCCAUCCCCUUCUCCAUCAUUCCAUCCACUUCUCCCAGAUUCUGUCCCGUUCUCCCAGAUUCCAUCCCCUUCUCCCAGACUCCAUCCCCUUCUUCCAGAUUCCAUCCUCUUCUCCCUCAUUCCAUAUCGUUCUCCCAUAUUCCAUCCCCUUCUUCCAGAUUCCAUCCCCUUCUCCCAUAUUCCAUCCUCUUCUCCCUCAUUCCAUAUCGUUCUCCCAGAUUCCAUUUCCUUCUCCAAGAUUCCAUCCCCUUCUCCCAGAUUCCAUCCCCUUCUCCCAUAUUCCAUCCCCUUCUCCCAGAUUCCAUUUCCUUCUCCCAGAUUCCAUCCCCUUCUCCCCGAUUCCAUCCCCUUCUCCCAAAUUCCAUCCCCUUCUCCCAGAUUCCAUCCCCUUCUCCCAGAUUCCAUCCCCUUCUCCCCGAUUCCAUCCCCUUCUCCCAUAUUCCAUCCCCUUCUCCCAGAUUCCAUCCCCUUCUCCCAGAUUCCAUCCCCUUCUCCCAGAUUCCAUCCCCUUCUCCCAUACUCCAUCCCCUUCUCUCAGAUUCCAUCCCCUUCUCCCAGAUUCCAUCCCCUUCUCCCAAAUUCCAUCCCCUUCUCCCAGAUUCCAUCCCCUUCUCCCUCAUUCCAUCCCCUUCUCCCAGAUUCCAUCCCCUUCUCCCAGAUUCCAUCCUUCUCCCAGAUUCCAUCCCCUUCUCCCAUAUUCUAUCCCCUUCUCUCAGAUUCCAUCCCCUUCUCCAUCAUUCCAUCCACUUCUCCUAGAUUCUGUCCCGUUCUCCCCGAUUCCAUCCCCUUCUCCCAGACUCCAUCCCCUUCUUCCAGAUUCCAUCUUCUUCUCCCUCAUUCCAUAUCGUUCUCCCAUAUUCCAUCCCCUUCUUCCAGAUUCCAUCCCCUUCUCCCAUAUUCCAUCCCCUUCUCCCAUAUUCAAUCCCCUUCUCCCAGAUUCCAUUUCCUUCUCCCAGAUUCCAUCCCCUUCUCCCAGAUUCCAUCCCCUUCUCCCAUAUUCCAUCCCCUUCUCCCAGAUUCCAUCCCCUUCUCCCAGAUUCCAUCCCCUUCUCCCAGAUUCCAUCUCCUUCUCCCAGAUUCCACCCCCUUCUCCCAGAUUCCAUCCCUCUCUCCCAGAUUCCACCCUUUUCUCCCAGAUUCCAUCCCCUUCUCCCAGAUUCCAUCCCCUUCUCCCUGAUUCCAUCCCCUUCUCCCAGAUUCCAUCCCCUUCUCCCAGAUUCCAUCCCCUUCUCCCAGAUUCUAUCCCCUUCUCCCAGAUUCCAUCCCCUUCUCCCAGAUUUCAUCCCCUUCUCCCAGAUUCCACCCCCUUCUCCCAUAUUCCAUCCCCUUCUCCCACAUUCCAUCCCCUUCUCCCAGAUUCCAUCCCCUUCUCCCAUAUUCCAUCCCCUUCUCCCAGAUUCCAUCCCCUUCUGCCAGAUUCCAUCCCCUUCUCCCAGAUUCCAUCCCCUUCUCCCAGAUUCCAUCCCCUUCUCCCAGAUUCCAUCCCCUUCUCGCAGAUUCCAUCCCCUCCUCCCAGAUUCCAUCCCCUUCUCCCAGAUUCCAUCCCCUUCUCCCUGAUUCUAUCCCCUUCUCCCAGAUUCCAUCCCCUUCUCCCAGAUUCCAUCCCCUUCUCCCUGAUUCCAUCCCCUUCUCCUAGAUUCCAUCCCCUUCUCCCAGAUUUCAUCCCAUUCUCCCAUAUUCCACCCCCUUCUCCCUUGUUCUAUCCCCUUCUCUCAGAUCCCAUCCCCUUCUCCCCGAUUCCAUCCCCUUCUCCCAUAUUCCAUCCCCUUCUCCCAGAUUCCAUCCCCUUCUCCCAGAUUCCAUCCCCUUCUCCCAGAUUCCAUCCCCUUCUCCCAUACUCCAUCCCCUUCUCUCAGAUUCCAUCCCCUUCUCCCAGAUUCCAUCCCCUUCUCCCAAAUUCCAUCCCCUUCUCCCAGAUUCCAUCCCCUUCUCCCUCAUUCCAUCCCCUUCUCCCAGAUUCCAUCCCCUUCUCCCAGAUUCCAUCCUUCUCCCAGAUUCCAUCCCCUUCUCCCAUAUUCUAUCCCCUUCUCUCAGAUUCCAUCCCCUUCUCCAUCAUUCCAUCCACUUCUCCUAGAUUCUAUUCCAUUUCCUUCUCCCAGAUUCCAUCCCCUUCUCCCAGAUUCCAUCCCCUUCUCCCAUAUUCCAUCCCCUUCUCCCAGAUUCCAUCCCCUUCUCCCAGAUUCCAUCCCCUUCUCCCAGAUUCCAUCUCCUUCUCCCAGAUUCCACCCCCUUCUCCCAGAUUCCAUCCCUCUCUCCCAGAUUCCACCCCCUUCUCCCAGAUUCCAUCCCCUUCUCCCAGAUUCCAUCCCCUUCUCCCUGAUUCCAUCCCCUUCUCCCAGAUUCCAUCCCCUUCUCCCAGAUUCCAUCCCCUUCUCCCAGAUUCUAUCCCCUUCUCCCAGAUUCCAUCCCCUUCUCCCAGAAUCCCAUCCCCUUCUCCUAGAUUCCAUCCCCUUCUCCCAGAUUCCAUCCCCUUCUCCCAGAUUCCAUCCCCUUCUCCCAGAUUCCAUACCCUUCUCCCAAAUUCCAUCCCCUUCUCCCAGAUUCCAUCCCCUUCUCCCAUAUUCCAUCCCCUUCUCCCAGAUUCCAUCCCCUUCUCCUCGAUUCCAUCCCCUUCUCCCUCGUUCCAUCCCCUUCUCCCAGAUUCCAUCCCCUUCUCCCAGAUUCAAUCCCCUUCUCCCCGAUUCCACCCCCUUCUCCCAUAUUCCAUCCCCUUCUCCCAUAUUCCAUCCCCUUCUCCCCGAUUCCAUCCCCUUCUCCCAAAUUCCAUCCCCUUCUCCCAGAUUCCAUCCCCUUCUCCCAGAUUCCAUCCCCUUCUCCCAGAUUCCAUCCCCUUCUCCCAUAUUCCAUCCCCUUCUCUCAGAUUCCAUCCCCUUUUCCCAUAUUCCAUCCCCUUCUCCCAGAUUCCAUCCCCUUUUCCCUCAUUCCAUCCCCUUCUCCCAGAUUCCAUCCCCUUCUCCCAGAUUCCAUCCUUCUCCCAGAUUCCAUCCCCUUCUCCCAUAUUCUAUCCCUUUCUCCCAGAUUCCAUCCCUUUCUCCAUCAUUCCAUCCCCUUCUCCUAGAUUCCAUCCCCUUCUCCCAGAUUCCAUCCCCUUCUUCCUGAUUCCAUCCUCUUCUCCCUCAUUCCAUAUCGUUCUCCCAUAUUCCAUCCCCUUCUUCCAGAUUCCAUCCCCUUCUCCCAUAUUCCAUCCCCUUCUCCCCGAUUCCAUCCCUCUCUCCCAGAUUCCACCCCCUUCUCCCAGAUUCCAUCCCCUUCUCCCAGAUUCCAUCCCCUUCUCCCUGAUUCCAUCCCCUUCUCCCAGAUUCCAUCCCCUUCUCCCAGAUUCCAUCCCCUUCUCCCAGAUUCUAUCCCCUUCUCCCAGAUUCCAUCCCCUUCUCCCAGAAUCCCAUCCCCUUCUCCUAGAUUCCAUCCCCUUCUCCAAGAUUCCAUCCCCUUCUCCCAGAUUCCAUCCCCUUCUCCCAGAUUCCAUACCCUUCUCCAAAAUUGCAUCCCCUUCUCCCAGAUUCCAUCCCCUUCUCCCAUAUUCCAUCCCCUUCUCCCAGAUUCCAUCCCCUUCUCCUCGAUCCCAUCCCCUUCUCCCAUAUUCCAUCCCCUUCUCGCAGAUUCCAUCCCCUUCUCCCAGAUUCCAUCCCCUUCUCCUUGAUUCCAUACCCUUCUCCCAGAUUCCAUCCCUUCUCCCAGAUUCCAUCCCCUUCUCCCAGAUUCCAUCCCCUUCUCCCAGAUUCCAUCCCCUUCUCCCAGAUUCCAUCCCCUUCUCCCAGAUUCUAUCCCCUUCUCCCAGAUUCCAUCCCCUUCUCCCAUAUUCCAUCCCCUUCUCCCAGACUCCAUCCCCUUCUCCCAGAUUCCAUCCCCUUCUCCCAGAUUCCAUCCCCUUCUCCCAGAUCCCAUCCCCUUCUCCUAGAUUUCUUCCCCUUCUCCCAGAUUCCAUCCCUUUCUCCCAGAUUCCAUCCCCUUCUCCCAGAUUCCAUCCCCUUCUCCCAGAUUCCAUCCCCUUCUCCCAGAUUCCAUCCCCUUCUCGCAGAUUCCAUCCCCUCCUCCCAGAUUCCAUCCCCUUCUCCCAGAUUCCAUCCCCUUCUCCCUCAUUCUAUCCCCUUCUCCCCGAUUCCAUCCCCUUCUCCCAGAUUCCAUCCCCUUCUCCCAGAUUCCAUCCCCUUCUCCCAGAUUCCAUCCCCUUCUCCCAGAUUCCAUCCCCUUCUCCCAGAUUCCAUCCCCUUCUCCCUGAUUCCAUCCCCUUCUCCCAGAUUCCAUCCCUUCUCCUAGAUUCCAUCCCCUUCCCCCAGAUUCCAUCCCCCUCUCCCAGAUUCCAUCCCCUUCUCCUAGAUUCCAUCCCCUUCUCCCAGAUUUCAUCCCCUUCUCCCAGAUUCCACCCCCUUCUCCCACAUUCCAUCCCCUUCUCUCAGAUCCCAUCCCCUUCUCCUAGAUUCCAUCCCCUUCUCCAAGAUUCCAUCCCCUUCUCCCAGAUUCCAUCCCCUUCUCCCAGAUUCCAUACCCUUCUCCAAAAUUGCAUCCCCUUCUCCCAGAUUCCAUCCCCUUCUCCCAUAUUCCAUCCCCUUCUCCUCGAUUCCAUCCCCUUCUCCCUCAUUCCAUCCCCUUCUCCCAUAUUCCAUCCCCUUCUCCCCGAUUCCAUCCCCUUCUCCCAAAUUCCAUCCCCUUCUCCCAGAUUCCAUCCCCUUCUCCCAGAUUCCAUCGCCUUCUCCCAGAUUCCAUCCCCUUCUCCCAUAUUCCAUCCCCUUCUCUCAGAUUCCAUCCCCUUUUCCCAGAUUCCAUCCCCUUCUCCCAGAUUCCAUCCCCUUCUCCCAUAUUCCAUCCCCUUUUCCCUCAUUCCAUCCCCUUCUCCCAGAUUCCAUCCCCUUCUCCCAGAUUCCAUCCUUCUCCCAGAUUCCAUCCCCUUCUCCCAUAUUCUAUCCCCUUCUCCCAGAUUCCAUCCCCUUCUCCAUCAUUCCAUCCCCUUCUCCCAGAUUCUGUCCCCUUCUCCCAGAUUCCAUCCCCUUCUCCCAGAUUCCAUCCCCUUCUUCCAGAUUCCAUCCUCUUCUCCCUCAUUCUAUAUCGUUCUCCCAUAUUCCAUCCCCUUCUUCCAGAUUCCAUCCCCUUCUCCCAUAUUCCAUCCCCUUCUCCCCGAUUCCAUCCCUCUCUCCCAGAUUCCACCCCCUUCUCCCAGAUUCCAUCCCCUUCUCCCAGAUUCCAUCCCCUUCUCCCUGAUUCCAUCCCCUUCUCCGAGAUUCCAUCCCCUUCUCCCAGAUUCCAUCCCCUUCUCCCAGAUUCUAUCCCCUUCUCCUAGAUUCCAUCCCCUUCUCCCAGAUUCAACCCCCUUCUCCCACAUUCCAUCCCCUUCUCCCAGAUCCCAUCCCCUUCUCCUAGAUUCCAUCCCCUUCUCCCAGAUUCCAUCCCCUUCUCCCAGAUUCCAUCCCCUUCUCCCAGAUUCCAUCCCCUUCUCCCAAAUUCCAUCCCGUUCUCCCAGAUUCCAUCCCCUUCUCCCAGAUUCCAUCCCCUUCUCCCCGAUUCCAUCCCCUUCUCCCAAAUUCCAUCCCCUUCUCCCAGAUUCCAUCCCCUUCUCCCAGAUUCCAUCCCCUUCUCCCAGAUUCCAUCCCCUUCUCCCAUAUUCCAUCCCCUUCUCUCAGAUUCCAUCCCCUUUUCCCAGAUUCCAUCCCCUUCUCCCAGAUUCCAUCCCCUUCUCCCAGAUUCCAUCCCCUUUUCCCUCAUUCCAUCCCCUUCUCCCAGAUUCCAUCCCCUUCUCCCAGAUUCCAUCCUUCUCCCAGAUUCCAUCCCCUUCUCCCAUAUUCUAUCCCCUUCUCCCAGAUUCCAUCCCCUUCUCCAUCAUUCCAUCCCCUUCUCCCAGAUUCUGUCCCCUUCUCCCAGAUUCCAUCCCCUUCUCCCAGAUUCCAUCCCCUUCUUCCAGAUUCCAUCCUCUUCUCCCUCAUUCUAUAUCAUUCAACCCCCUUCUCCCACAUUCCAUCCCCUUCUCCCAGAUCCCAUCCCCUUCUCCUAGAUUCCAUCCCCUUCUCCCAGAUUCCAUCCCCUUCUCCCAGAUUCCAUCCCCUUCUCCCAGAUUCCAUCCCCUUCUCCCAAAUUCCAUCCCGUUCUCCCAGAUUCCAUCCCCUUCUCCCAUAUUCCAUCCCCUUCUCCCAGAUUCCAUCCCCUUCUCCCAAAUUCUAUCCCCUUCUCCCAGAUUCCAUCCCCUUCUCCCAGAUUCCAUCCCCUUCUCCCUGAUCCCAUCCCCUUCUCCCAGAUUCCAUCCCCUUCCCCCAGAUUCCAUCCCCUUCUCCGAGAUUCCAUCCCCUUCUCCCAGAUUCCAUCCCCUUCUCCCAGCUUCCAUCCCCUCCUCCCUAAUUCCAUCCCCUUCUCCCCGAUUCCAUCCCCUUCUCCCGGAUUCCAUCCCCUUCUCCCAGAUUCCAUCCCCUUUUCCCUCAUUCCAUCCCCUUCUCCUAGAUUCCAUCCCCUUCUCCCAUAUUCCAUCCCCUUCUCCCAGAUUCCAUCCCCUUCUCACAGAUUCCAUCCCCUUCUCCCAGAUUCCAUGCCCUUCUCCCAGCUUCCAUCCCCUCCUCCCUAAUUCCAUCCCCUUCUCCCCGAUUCCAUCCCCUUCUCCUAGAUUCCAUCCCCUUCUCCCAGAUUCAACCCCCUUCUCCCACAUUCCAUCCCCUUCUCCCAGAUCCCAUCCCCUUCUCCUAGAUUCCAUCCCCUUCUCCGUGAUUCCAUCCCCUUCUGCCAGAUUCCAUCCCCUUUUCCCUCAUUCCAUCCCCUUCUCCUAG